AUGCGGUACCAUGUCCUCGGUGUUGGCUCAAUAGGCUCUCUCAUCGCCUUCCAUCUCAAGCGAUCAGUCAAGCUCCAACGCCAACUUCUGCAACCAAGACCAUCAUCUUCCAAAUCCAAACGAGAGCUCCUUCUCUCCAACCUCUCCAACAAGCGUCCACCACAAACCCAAGGCACCAUCGUCUCUUCUCUCAGCCUACCACCAUAUGUCCAAACCGAGCUACCAGAUCCACAGCGAACAUCAGUAACACUGCAUUUGCGGAGGAAGGCUUUCGGUAAACAAGCAAAGCAACGAUUCGUCAAUUCGAUCGUGGUCGAGCAAGAUGGCGUCCGAGAUAUUGAAGGUGGAUUUCAGACCGACUUCAACUCCAGCCCCACUGAUGUCAUUGCAUCCAUAGUGCGUCGCAGCCGGUCAAAUCAACCGGAAGAAGAGGAAGAGGGAUCGGAAGAUAGGCUCUUAAUAUCUCGUACAGCCACACCUUCAUCGCCAGAAGCAGCGGCGAUACGGGAUCAAACAAGUUCCAAAACGCCACUACCUGAUCAUGAUGGCGGUAUCUCACUCAUCUCUACUCUCGAAGGCCUCCAUUCACAACCUCGUGCCAGCCCCAUCGAUAGCCUCAUUAUCACCACCAAGUGUGAUGCUACACUCUCCGCGCUCCAAAGUAUUCGAGAUCGCAUCCACCCUUGGUCGACUAUUGUUCUGUUACAGAACGGUAUGGGCGUGCUCGACACGCUCUUUGAUACAUUUUUUAAGGAUCCAGAUCAGAGGCCAAACUUCGUGCUUGCUUCGACAACACAUGGAUGCUGGAGGAAAGGACCGCUGGAUGUAGUGCACGCAAGUACAGGAACGUUACAUUUCGGUAUCGUACCCAGCGGCAGGGCAGGUCAAGAUGUCAUCGAAAAAAACAGAGUUCCAUAUGGCCAAACAAUCGCGCGAGUACGAGGCGUGGUUUUGCCCUCAAGGGGCGAAGCAGCAAAGAAGAAAACCGCACGUGAUUGGGAACGUUUCUCUCCCGACACCGAUUCCAACGCAAUCGAAGAGAUCUCGGACCCGGGCUCACCCUCUAAACUUCUUUCCAUCGCAAGCAUCCCCGAUCAACCCAGCCUCCGCACACUGCGAGUCACAGUCGCAGCCCUUCUCUCACUUCCGCUCAACGUAGAAUGGGAGCCUAUUCGCGAGUUCCAACUCCGCUCGCUCCGCAAACUCGUCAUCAACGCAUGCAUCAACCCUCUCACAGCUCUUGCAGAUUGCAAAAACGGCGACUUAUUCGGUAAUCCAGUUGCAAUGGACGCGAUGUGGUCAGUGUGUCUCGAAGCUGGAAUGGUAUUGGAAGCUCAAGUUCGGGAAUACCUUGCUUCUGGUGCCACUGCUUCUCCACGACAGAGAGUUUCAGCAAGUCUGUCCGCAGAAGAUCUCAUUCUGAGGUCAGACGAAACGGGCGAACCAAUAUUGCACCCGAGUUUGACACCGCAAGCAUUGUUCCAGGAAGUGCAGAGGGUGGCGAGGAUGACAGCGGCCAAUUGGAGUUCGAUGCAUAGCGAUUUGAAGAACAGGAGAAGAAGCACAGAGAUCGACCAUAUCAAUGGAUACAUCUCGGCAUUGGGAAGAGGGUACAACAUCGACACGACGGCAAACGACUUGUUGACGAAUUUGGUCAAGUUGAAGACCACGAGAGUGACUGGCACUGGGAGGCUUAGAAGGGAACAAUAA